AUGGUCAAGCUUACCUACCUUUCCGCAGCUCUCAUCGCCGCUGCCAUGAAUCUCGUCCCAGCGGCUCAUGCCAGUCCUGCUGGUUUGACCGCCACGAUGGACGUCAAAGCAGAGCCCACCGGCCUCGAUCAGAACUUCGUCGAGGUCAACGCCGUCAUCCACGCUUUCACUGAUUUGGGCGCCCACCGCGCGGUGUUCACACUAUUCCCGGAACAGUGUCAGACCCUUCCCGGCGCAGCCGCUGAAAUCUGCUGGAGGAAGAGUGCAAACUUCCGUGUCACGGCCUAUAGGCGCAACUUCGACGGUACUUGCAAUUGCACCACAGCGCCAUUUGAGUUGAAGCGGGAGGAUCACCGCUACGAUGUUCAGGCCUACCCUUGCAUUCAGGGUGUGUACUAG